UGCCCCCGAGCCGGCCAGCGCCACCCUGUGGCCAGGUGGGGCCGCACCCCCCGGAGGGACCAGGACAGCUGGAGGCAUCGGGGAACCCGGAAGCUGCCCCCCCGUCUCCUUUCUGUGUCAGCAGCUGACGCACGGUCCCCCCCCCGCGCCCCCGCAUCCCGUCACCAUGGCAACUCAUUGUUCCCUCCGACGCAGCGGGGCCGGGGGGGCCCCGGCGUAUAUAGGGCCCUGGGCCGGAGUGAAGGCACCAGCGCUGGGCCGUCCGCCGGGGAGCCAGGAGCACCCCCUUUUCCUUCCCCCCCUGCUGUGGGGCCAGGGGCUCGCCCCCCACAGAGCCCAGCUGAGUGGAAGCAGGCACAUGCCAGCCGUCCCCCAUGUACGCCGAAGCCUCCACCAUGAACUUCCGGACCCCCGGCUUCUUCCGGCGCAGCCCCCCCCCCGCGGCGAAGCUGGCCUCCGGGGCCCCCCCGGCCUCGGCGCUGGGGGGCAUCGCCCAGAUCUCACCCUGCCUCUACCUGUGCAGCGGCAACGCGGCCGCCAACCGGCACCUGGUGUCCGCCCGGGCCGUGACCUGCGUGGUGAACGCCACCAUGGAGAUCCCCAACGCCAACUGGCCCGACAUCGACUACGUCAAGGUGCCGGUGCCCGACCUGCCCCACGCGCCCCUGGCCCUCUACUUCGACUCGGUGGCCGACCGCAUCCACCAGACGGGCAAGCGCAACGGGCGCACCCUGGUGCACUGCGUGGCGGGCGUGAGCCGCUCGGCCUCGCUCUGCAUCGCCUACCUCAUGAAGUACCAUCGGCUCAGCCUGCUGGACGCCCACCAGUGGGUGAAGAGCCGGCGGCCCGUGGUGCGGCCCAACGUGGGCUUCUGGCGCCAGCUCAUCGACUACGAGCGCCGGCUCUUCGGCAAGAACACAGUGCGCAUGGUGCCCUCGCCCAUCGGCCCCGUGCCCGACGUCUACGAGAAGGAGACCCGCGGCCUGGUGCCCCUCUGGAGCUACAGAUAGGCGGGGUCGGGCGGG